GCGCCACAGCUGUCUGCGAACACUGAGCUGCCUGGCGCCGUCUUGAUACUUUCAGAAAGAAUGCAUUCCCUGUAAAAAAAAAAAAAAUACUGAGAGAGGGAGAAAGAGACAGAGAGAGAGAGAGGAAAAGAGAGAGAGACGGAGAGCGCGCGCGACAGAGCGGGCCACGCAACCUGACCGAGCAGUUUCUGGUCUCCCAGGUCACACUCCUCCUCCUCCUCCUCCUCCUCCUCCUCCUCCUCCUCACUGCUCGCUACCCAGGUGACCCGCGGAGAGCCUCAGCCUCGGAGCCGCUGAGCCAGCCCCGGUGCAGAAGAGCCUCCUCUGCAAAAAUUCCAGCCACCUUCGCUCGCCCUCCCCUCUUUUAGAAUUUGGUGCCCCCUCCCCUUUAUCCUCCCGUGCCUAUAUAUAUAUAUUUUUUUUUUUUUUGGAGUGUGGGGAAUUUGCUUUUCCUUCCUCUUCUCCUCUUUGCCAAACUACUGCUCAAAUAUAUAUUUUUAAAUCCUCCUUUGCUCACCUUUCCUCCCCAGCUCUCCCUUUGCCCCACUGCAAACAGAUCACUCGACACCCCCCCCCCGCCCCUCCGACGGCAGGAGCACCUGCAGGGCCUCGGAGCCCCCCGACCCCUCCCCGCCCCGCCCCAGCCCGACCGCCGCCCUCCCUCUCCGCGCGCGGGUUCCGGGCCGGGCGAGAGGCGCGAGCGCAGCCGGGGCCAUGGAGGUGACGGCGGACCAGCCGCGCUGGGUGAGCCACCACCACCCCGCGGUCCUCAACGGGCAGCACCCGGACACGCACCACCCGGGCCUCGGCCACUCCUACAUGGACCCGGCGCAGUACCCGCUGCCCGAGGAGGUGGAUGUACUUUUUAACAUCGACGGUCAAGGCAACCACGUCCCUUCGUACUAUGGGAACUCGGUGAGGGCCACGGUGCAGAGGUACCCUCCGACCCACCACGGGAGCCAGGUGUGCCGUCCGCCUCUGCUGCACGGAUCCCUGCCCUGGCUGGACGGCAGCAAAGCUCUGGGCAGCCACCACACCGCUUCGCCCUGGAACCUCAGCCCCUUCUCCAAGACGUCCAUCCACCACGGCUCCCCGGGGCCCCUCUCCGUCUACCCCCCGGCCUCAUCGUCCUCGCUGUCGGCGGGCCACUCCAGCCCGCACCUCUUCACCUUCCCGCCCACCCCGCCGAAGGACGUCUCCCCGGACCCGUCCCUGUCCACCCCGGGCUCGGCCGGCUCGGCCCGGCAGGACGAGAAGGAGUGCAUCAAGUACCAGGUGCCGCUGCCCGACAGCAUGAAGCUCGAGUCCACGCACUCGCGGGGCAGCAUGACCACCCUGGGGGGGGCCGCGUCCUCGGCCCACCACCCCAUCACCACGUACCCGCCCUACGUCCCCGAAUACAGCUCCGGACUCUUCCCGCCCAGCAGCCUGCUGGGGGGCUCCCCCACCGGCUUCGGAUGUAAGUCGAGGCCCAAGGCGAGAUCCAGCACAGAAGGCAGGGAGUGCGUGAACUGCGGGGCCACCUCAACCCCGCUGUGGCGACGGGACGGUACCGGGCACUACCUGUGCAACGCCUGUGGGCUCUAUCACAAAAUGAAUGGACAGAACCGACCCCUUAUCAAGCCAAAGCGAAGGCUGUCGGCAGCAAGAAGGGCAGGGACGUCCUGUGCGAACUGUCAAACCACCACUACUACCCUCUGGAGAAGAAAUGCCAACGGAGACCCCGUCUGUAAUGCCUGUGGGCUGUACUACAAGCUGCAUAAUAUCAACAGACCCCUGACCAUGAAGAAGGAAGGCAUCCAGACCAGAAACCGAAAAAUGUCUAGCAAAUCCAAAAAGUGCAAAAAGGUGCAUGACACGCUGGAGGACUUCCCCAAGAGCAGCUCGUUCAACCCUGCCGCCCUCUCCAGACACAUGUCCUCCCUCGGCCACAUUUCCCCUUUCAGCCACUCCAGCCACAUGCUGACCACUCCAACGCCGAUGCACCCCCCAUCCAGCCUCUCCUUCGGACCUCACCAUCCUUCCAGUAUGGUCACCGCCAUGGGUUAGAGCCCCUGCUCGAUGCUUCUAGGCCUCCCGGCGAGAGUCCCUCCAGCCCUUUCUACGUGCAUUUUUGCAGGAGCAGUAUCAUGAAGCCGAAAACCGAUGGAUCUAUGUUUUUGAAGGCAGAAAAGCAAAAUGACGUUUGCCACUUUUGCAGAGGAGCUCACUGUGGUGUCUGCGUUCUCGAUCACUGAAUAAUCUGGAUCCCAUUUGUGAAUAAGCCAUUCAGACUCUCAUUCCCUAUUUAUCAGGGUCUCUCUAGUGCUGUGAAAAAAAAAAACCAACACCCCAACAAAACACAAAAAACAAACCAUGGCGAACUUUGCAUAUAACUUAUAUUGUAAGAAAUACUGUACAUUUGAAGAAGACGUUAUCGCAUCUGGGUAGCCAUAAGAAAGGCAUCAAGGACGCCAAGGAUUUUAAGGAAUACGGGGCAGAUAACGAACGGAAAUUAAGAAGAAACUAGGUCUGCUAUUCAAACGGACAAACCGCCAGUGUUGAUUCCUUUCACUGGUCACAGUUGUUCGAUGCAUUAAAAGGAAAAAAAAAAAAAAGAAAAAAAAAAGAAAAAAGUCGUAGGCAAAUCAUUCGUUCCAAGUGGUGGGCCGCUGUCUAGGAAGGUCUCUCCGUCCUGGGCAGCCAGUGUGGCCACUCGCACGUUGCCAUCCGGGGGUUCAGGGAGCCCCCGUCCAGGCCCUACCCGCUUUGUGAACAAGUCCCUGUAAUUGUUGUCUGUAUGUAUAAUUCAAAAGCACCAAAAUAAGAAAAGAUGUAGAUUUAUUUCAUCAUAUUAUACAGACUGAAUUGUUGUAUAAAUUUAUUUACUGCUAGUGUUAAGAACUACUUUUUUUGUUUUAAUAUUUUCCUUCUUUCUCCAUUUUUUUUUUUUUUUUGGUUGAAUAAACUAAGUAAGGUGGCUGUGCUCCGGAGGGCUUCUUUUCCAUUUUGUUUUUUGAUGAUAUUUAUUAACUAGCUUCUAAGGGUACAGCAGCAUCUGUCCCCUCCCUCACUCCUUCCGCAGCCUGCGCUGUCAGGGUAGCAAUGUAUGAGCUACCGACGUGCAUGCCCGCGACCUCGGCCGGACAGACCGGGUCCCGAGAGCAGCCUGGCUGAUUGUUAGGUCUUGCUGUGUUCUGUGUUUAGUGAUCACUGCCUCUCCCAUACAGUCUGUUGGAAUAAUAAUAUAAAAAUAAAGUUAAAGCAUUUUAAAAAACAACCAAAUAACAUCGUAUCAAAGUGGUUGGUGGCCAAGCUCUUCUAGAAUCUGGUAGCUCUAGCUAAUGGGAAAGCAAACCCCAAACCUGUUCAGUUAUUCGCUAGGAGGUAAUGCAAACAUUGAUUGCUUUGGGAAGCCGGGCAUCUUUGGAGCUCUCACUCUGCUGCAGCCCAGAGGCUUUUUCUCUGCCACCCCCUUCCAGGGUGGGCGGCUGGGGGACCUUUUGCAUCCCCCCCCCCCCCCAGUGAGCCGCAGCCCCUCCUGCUGGCAGCAGGAGCAAGAGGGAGGAUUUCCUCGCGGAGACUGGCGGGUGGAUGCAGCUGACCGACCCCGCGGGUCUCUGCAAGAUGUGAAGGAGCUGGGCUGGUGCUUGAGUUCAUCUCUGUUUUACUUUUCUACUGUCGAAUUGAAUAACACCGCAGUGGAGGCUUUCUUGGCAUGUUUGCGACACACGAAAUAACCGUUUUUUGUAACUUAAACGCUGUAUAGUUUCCUUUGACUCUGUUGACAGAAUGUGUAACUAUGGCACACAUUUGAAAAAUCUCUGUUAAAUCGCCUCUCUGCUUUCUUAGCAAAUAUUUUAAACCUAAAGCUAAAUGUUGAAAUAAAGGAGUUAGAGACUUAA